AUGAACACAUUAUCGACCGAGGAGAUGGAGCGGUUUCAGAAACUCUCGAACGAGUUUGAACCAGACGUUCAGGGCCCGCUCGUAUCGACAAAACAAUCGACUCAGGCAAUUACGAUGGAUUAUGCGAAUGCAGAUCCUACUCUGGCUACAAAGACUAGCACACUUGCCCUCACACAUCCCACGUCGCGUAUCAUGAAAGGCGAUGGCAAUUGUGGUUGGAGAGCGGUCGCAUUUGGCUACUUCGAGAAUCUCUUCGCCCUUCGCGAUUUGGUUUUGAUUCAGAACGAGCUAAUCCGGAUCAAAUCGUUAUCCAGCCUCCUCGACCAAGUCGGCCAUCAAGACUACCUUUACGAGAUCUUUGUCGAUGCCACAGAACAGGUCUUCACCCAAUUAAUCCAGGCCAUUCAAGAUGGCGUCCGUGACGAUUCGUUCCUCGUCGACACGUUCAACGUCGAGUACAGCUCGAACGCAAUUCUUACUCACUUCAGACUUCUUACAGGCGCGUGGAUGAAACUGAACCCUCAGCGGUAUCAAGCGUUUGUCCCCAUGCCGUUGGAUCAGUACUGCGCAACACGAAUCGAGACGGUUAAAUCGGAAAUCGACGAAGUCGGGCUUCAAGCAUUAAUCGAUGGUGUCAUUGAACGAUCCGGGUUUGCCGUUGAGAUUUUGUAUCUCGACCGCAGCCAGGGCGAUGCCGUGACGCCUCACUUGUUGACAACAAACCAGGCCAGCAUUGAAACCAUCCGACUAUUAUACCGACCAGGUCAUUACGAUCUGCUUUACCGCCCCGAACCAACUGUGAAUAUGGAACCCGUGGUUAACUACCAAUACGCAAUGACUUCUAACUACUCCCCCUGGGAUCAAGGUGCCCUCUCCUUCGACGUCAACCCAACCUUGAUGUCAAUUCCCAACCUAAUGAUGGAUCCGGCCUUUGCGAUGGGUGCGCCCCCGAUGUCUCCGGCUCCGAUUUCUCCCCCGACUCCUUCAAGUCCAUACCGCGUGUCUUCCCCUCAUGAAGUCUACCAAGCUCAAAUUCCCACUUCACCACCGCCACCACCGGUUCAAAUGCCAUCGCCGCCUGCGCCUCGGAUGUCUGCUCCUCCUCCGUCAGGUCCUCCUCCGCCGAUGAGCAGUCUGCCGAAUCGGUCCUCCGAUGGGCCUCAGAUUCGAUUGAACCCGUUGGUGAUGAAGCCUAAUCUCAGUCGUUCUCUUCCGAUUACCACCCCAUUUAAGAACUCUCCUUACAACCAAGCCCACUUCCAAAACCAAGAUUUCGAACCGAUCCACUGGGAACCCAGCGACUCCCGCAAAUAG